AUUUGUGUUUUAUUUCAGAAUAUAAUAAUAGAUAGCAACGGUAGUAUUAUGUGCUGAGAUAACAUUGUUGCUUUGAAAGUGGGAUUUCAAGCAGAAAGACAUUGCAAUAGCAGAUUUUCUUCAGAAGUAGAAUGGCAGAAGAGACUGACAGUGGUUUAGACGAAUCAUUUGAAAUUUUAGACGUUCGUGGAACAGCUGGUGGACCAUUAGGCACAGUGAUGAACACUGUGACGCAAUACUUGGACAAAUAUCCGACGACAACAAGAGUUGUUCUUGGUGGCACUGGCGGUUAUGUUACUGGAUAUGUGUUUAAAACGGUUGGGAAGACAGCGGCAAGUGCGGUAGGAGGGGGGCUACUUUUGAUUCAAAUCGCACAUAAAGCUGGUUAUAUCACAAUCAACACGUCACGCUUGAAUAGAGAUGCAAGAAGAUUUGAACGCAGGGUACGAAAUGAGAUGAGACGAAAUGAAUCAGCAUUCACAAACUUUGCAAGAAGGGGUGAAGAAUUUGUUCGAAAUAACUCGCCAGCUGCGCUCGGGUUCGCUGCUGGGUUUUUAAUCGGACUCUCAACUUGAGAUUAUUUUUUAAAUACUGAUAAUGCAUGUUGCAUCCAGGGUAGACAAUUUUUAGGUGAUGUGAAGGUAUUUAAUGAAGUAAAAUGAAAAUAUUUGAUCUUGCCUUCCUUAUUUCUGAUAUCUACAUUUCUUUAUUGUUUAGAGAUUGCGAUUCCAUUCACGUGUUUCAAUGUGUUUUUUAAAUAAAGCAUACUUUUGUCUUACUAUCCAUAAGCUCCAUAACCACUCUAUUGUUUGGAUUAUCUUUCACCUUGAAAACAAAUAUGACUUUGUUCUACAAGACUUUGCCACAUGAAAUCAACCGAAAUAGCACCGAUAUGUGUGAAUAAUUUUUGCCCCCCAAUUCAACUGUGGAAGUGUGUAUUAUAUGAGGAAUAAUUACUCACCAUUUGCUUGAUUUUCUGUGUUUGUCCAUAUACUCCAUGGGUGGGCCAAUAACGGCCCGCAGGCCGGAUCUGGCCUACUGAAGUUUUUCAUCCGGCACACGACUAUAUAUUUAAGGAUAUAAAUUUUUGUUUAAAAUAUUGAUGAUUUGAGUUCAGCCCAGUAAAACCAAGUCUAUUGUCUAUAACUGGCCGACUCAGAAAAGAUUGCCCAACUCUGAUAUCACUCAUAUCUGAUGCAAAGAUGAGCAUUUUAUUGGCGUUUAAAUGAAAAUAAACAAUUGUAGCAAUAAUUUACUUGUAUUUGUCUAAAUCUUUGUUUCUAAAUCUUUCAUUUAUGUGUCUGAGCAGUUGAAAUUUGCCUAAUUUUGAAAGUGUGAGAAAUAAAUUUUACGGAACAUAA